UGUGGUUAGUUCCCAUCUUCCCUUUCGGGUUUUGCGUAUAGGGUAGCAAGGUCGAGAGGAAAAGGAGAGUGGCGGUAAGGCCAUUUCUACUACGGUAGGUGUCUGCACCCCUCGCAGAGCUUCCAGCAGCGCCAUGUUGGGCCAGAGCGUCAGGAGGUUCGCCACCUCCGUGGUCCGCCGCAGCCACUAUGAGGAGGGCCCCGGGAAGAAUUUGCCGUUUUCAGUGGAAAACAAGUGGCGGUUACUGGCUAUGAUGACUUUGUUCUUUGGAUCUGGAUUUGCUGCACCUUUCUUUAUAGUUAGGCACCAACUACUUAAGAAAUAAGGAUGUUUUACUUCAUUUAACAGAUAUGAAGAAUGUUUAAGAGGUACAGUCUGAGAUGUGGAUUAAACUCUUGAACUCAUACCGGAUAUAAUUGUAAAUAAACUAAUGAUGUGAACAUUU